AUGGUUAAAGUUUUGUACAUCUGUUUGUCCACUUGUGCUAUCAUUGGUUGGAGUCACGGCAUCUCUACAAAAAUGGAUUUUGGAGAAGACGAGGAAUCCACUACAAUAACUAAUUCUACAAAAGUAGAUAAUGAGGACGUGGAAGUAAAACACACGAUAGUCGUGUCGACUAAAUUAAAAAACAACAAUAGAAGAGGAUUGCACAGAGAUGAUGGUACAGGAGCUCUUAAACAAUAUCCCAGUGACAGAGAAAUAAAAGAAGAUAGCGGUGAAGUUCCCAUAGUAAAUGGUUACAAAUCAGUUGAGACAACCCUCAUCAGAACCCCAGAUACUAGAUACAAAAACAGGCCGAGUUCACAAAUGGUCCCAAAUCCUGUCUCUCUCAACAGAAAUGACCAAGAUCAAUUUGACAUAUAUCCCAACUAUAUCAAUAGUCCGACUCAAUGGAAGCCUUCGACUUUGUAUAAUAACAUCAAUUGGGAUAAUCAAGAAGUGCCGAUUGUCACAUACAAUGCUGGUUUUAGAAAUACUUUAAACAGGAGACCAGUUUAUCAAACUCAAGGGAAGUUCCAUAGAAGAAUAACAGAUGACGGCAUGAAAGAGUUUUAUUGCAGUAAAUGUAGAGAGUUACAGGGGGCUAUGGAUUGUGGUCAACCAAGGAGCAAUCCUUGGUCCUAUAUGCAGAAUGUAUACGAAACGACGACGCAAAAGAUUAAGUUAGACGGCAAAUUGGUGAAAUUAAACUAA